AUGCUCCACACAACCUGCAUUUUACUCUUCUUCUUCCUUCUGCCCUUGUUUUUGCCUCAUGGAACUGCAACUCUCAACCUCACUCUCCCAGGGCAACAUCCAGACCCGGAAGCUCUUGCAGCAGAAGUUCAUAGGAUGGUGAAUGCUUCAAUGGGAAGAAGGGAAAUGCUGGUGGUGACAGAGAAAGAGGUGGCAUCAUGUCUGACAGGGAACCCCAUUGAUGAUUGUUGGAAGUGUGACCCAAAUUGGGCCAACAACAGACAGAGGCUAGCUGAUUGUGCAAUUGGGUUUGGGCAGAACGCAAAGGGUGGAAAAGGUGGGGAAUUUUACAUAGUUACUGAUUCCUCUGAUGACGACCCUGUGAACCCAAAACCUGGAACACUGAGAUAUGCAGUGAUACAGAAUGAACCACUGUGGAUCGUGUUCCCCAGCAACAUGAUGAUUGAGCUCUCUCAGGAACUCAUUUUUAAUAGCUACAAAACCAUUGAUGGGCGCGGCGCUGAUGUGCACAUUGUGGGUGGAGGUUGCAUCACUCUUCAAUAUAUUAACAAUGUCAUCAUACACAACAUUCACAUCCACCAUUGCCAUCCCUCUGGUAACGCUAACGUGCGGUCGAGUCCAGAGCACUACGGGUACCGCACAGAAUCGGACGGGGACGGAAUCUCGAUCUUCUCAUCGCGCGACAUCUGGAUCGAUCACUGCACGCUAUCACGGUGCAAGGACGGUCUCAUCGACGCUGUGAUGGGGUCAACCGCAAUAACGAUCUCAAACAACCACUUCUCACACCACAACGACGUGAUGCUCUUAGGCCACAGCGACCACUACCUCCCAGACUCGGCGAUGCAGGUGACGAUCGCGUUCAACCACUUCGGGGAGGAUCUGGUGCAGCGCAUGCCGCGUUGUAGACUAGGGUACAUCCACGUGGUGAACAACGACUUUACGCGGUGGGAGAUGUACGCGAUCGGGGGAAGUGCGAGGCCUACGAUUAACAGCCAGGGGAACCGAUACACUGCGCCGGAGGAUCCGUACGCGAAGCAGGUGACGAAGAGGCUGGACGCCGGGGAAGGGGAGUGGAGCGGCUGGAAUUGGAGGUCGGAAGGGGAUGUGAUGCUGAACGGCGCGUUUUUCGUGGCCUCAGGAGGUGAGGCCGGAACUAACUACCAAAAUGCGUACAGCGUGGAGCCUAAGAAUGUAGAUCGCAUCUCGCUCCUCACCAUGUCCGCUGGUGUUCUCGGCGUCGCCAGGGACAAUAAUCUGGGAAUGUGGACGAGAGGACCCAAUGAUGGUGGUGUAUAUUUUUCAGACAAUGGCCCAGAAUACACAGGUGACAUGUCCUGGAGUGCAAUACCAUUGCCACCUUCACCUAUUUUCAAUCUUCUAUAUGCAUUUCUUGCUUUGUUGUGCCUCUUAUUUAAUACAACCACCUUAACAACACUUCUAUAG